GGGCGGGGCUGGCGCGCAGUCGGCGGCGGCCAUGGCUCCGAGCGCGCAGCCGGGCGAUGGCCGCGGGCAGGCCUCGGGUCCGGGGCUCCGCCGGGGCAUCCGCGCGGUGCUGCUGGGCCCGCCCGGUGCGGGCAAGGGCACGCAGGCCCCGAAGCUGGCAGAGACCUACUGCGUGUGCCACCUAGCAACCGGCGACAUGCUGCGGGCCAUGGUGGCCUCGGGCUCCGACCUGGGCAAGCGCCUCAAGGAGACGAUGGACGCCGGGAAGCUGGUGAGUGAUGACAUGGUGGUGGAGCUGAUCGAGAACAACCUGGACUCUCCUCCCUGCAAGAACGGCUUCCUCCUGGACGGCUUCCCGCGCACGGUGAAGCAGGCGGAAAUGCUGGAUGAGCUCCUGGACAAGAGGAGAGAGAAGCUGGACUCAGUCAUCGAGUUCAGCAUUCCCGACUCCUUGCUCAUCCGGAGAAUCACCGGCCGGCUGAUUCACCCAGCAAGCGGCCGCUCUUAUCACGAGGAGUUCAGACCCCCGAAAGAGCACAUGAAGGACGAUGUCACUGGAGAGCCCCUCAUCCGCCGUUCGGAUGAUAAUGAAACAGCCCUGAGGACGCGCCUGAAGGCCUAUCACACCCAGACCUCCCCCCUGGUGUCCUACUACAGCAAGCGUGGGAUCCACACGGCCGUGGAUGCCUCCCAGUCUCCUGACGUGGUGUUUGCCAGCAUCCUGGCAGCCUUCUCGAAAGCAACAUGUAAAGACCUGGUUAUGUUCAUUUAGGGCUCUGUCCCAGGACGGAGCUCUCCCGCUUUUCUCUCUGUCUCUCCAUCUCUGUCUCUGGGGCCAGGGAGGGUGAGGAGCUGAGCAGAGUAGAAGAGGAGGGGACGCGGCCCAAGGCAGGGCUGUGCUGAUUCCCUAUUAAAGGAGCUGUUAACGGUCUCUGUAUGUCGGGAGCUGUGUGCCUGCGGAUGCCGGAGCUUUGGCCUCUAGAGGUCGCGGCGAGCCCGAGCACCCGCUGCCGGGAGCGGGGUUUGCAUCCCCGGGCUCUAAAGGCUUUUAUUUCACUCUAGAAGGAGCUGAACUUCCAGCUCCUCCUGGCUGCUCCCCAGCAGGAGGUUGGGGAGCAGGCCUGGGUGCUGGGUAGGUGAUGCUCUGUAGGCAAUGACACACAGGGUUACUUUAGGAAGCGGUGAAGGGCUUUCUGUGUGCGUGUCAUCUGGGGAGGGACGGUUUGAGUGCUGCUGCUCAGGGCUGGCCGAGAGCUUGUCUUGGUUCUGGGGGUGUUAUUCUCUGUGGGGCAGGUUUACCUGAGAGCUCAGCCCAUCUUCCUCCCAUUCUGAUGGGGUUUUAGGGCAGAAGAGGGGGAGUAAGAGCUGGGGAGGUUUCAGCCUCUCAUUUGUGGGCCCUAAUCUAGCAAAUAUGAGGUGCUUUCUGCUUUAACUGGAAGUCUCUGGUCAGAGCCUAACAGUCACUGUGGUGAUCUGAGGACAAGAAAAAGACAUGGGCUUUAUCUCUUCACUCUUGCCUUGGCUUUGGCCAAGGAGAUGAAGAUGUGUUGAGCUGCUCCUGAUCCCACAGCCUAAAUAAAGCCUUAUUGCCAAACA